UUGUGUUUCGGUGGCUGUUGAGCAAUGAGCUCGAAUCAAUCCGACAAUGACGAGACCCACCGUGGUUGGACGUACGAGUCCCUCUCUGCCGCGCGCCAGACCCUGAUUUCGCCGGCUGUCAAACUCUCAUACAAGAAGCCGCUUUGGAUUGUGCGCGGCGAGCGCCAGUUUCUCUACGAUCACAAUGGCGUCGAGUAUCUGGACGCAUACAACAAUGUUUGUCACUUGGGCCAUUGCCACCCAGCAGUCGUCCAGGCGGUUUCAAAGCAAAUGGCCAUCUUGAAUACCAACACUCGAUACCUGCACACGGCGAUUGUCGAGUAUGCAAGCCGAAUCACUGCAACUUGCCCUCCAGAGCUGAGCGUCUGUAUUUUCGUCAACUCGGGUUCCGAGGCCAACGAACUGGCUUUGCGCUUGGCUUAUGCAUACACGCGACAGAAGGACUUGAUUGUGCUGGACAGCGCCUACCAUGGCAAUACCAACGCUGUGGUCGAAAUGAGUCCGUACAAGACCGACCAUCCUGACGGACCUCGCGCGCCAAGCCACGUUCACAAAGUCGUUGCCCCGGACGACUAUCGAGGCUUGUACCGCCGAGACAAGUAUGCCCCCGCCGAGCUCGGCCCCUUGUACGCCAAGCACGUUGAAGAAACUGUGCGCAAAAUCGAGCACGAAGGGCGGAAGGUUGCCGCGUUCUUUUGCGAAGGCAUUCUUGGAUGCGCAGGGCAGAUUGUCUUGCCUCCAGGUUACUUGGCCAGCUGCUACAAGGCCGUUCGUCAAAGCGGAGGCGUUUGUGUUGCGGAUGAAGUGCAGGUCGGAUUUGGCCGCGCUGGCACACACAUGUGGGUUUUCCAGACGCAGGACGUCGUUCCAGACAUUGUGACAUUGGGCAAGCCCAUUGGCAAUGGGUUUCCAAUCGGCGCUGUCAUCACCCGGCCUGAGAUUGCGCGUGCACUGGGUCGUCUCGAGUACUUUAACACGUUUGGUGGCAACCCUGUGGCUUGCAAAGCUGGGCUUGCGGUCUUGGAUGCGAUUGCAGCAGAAGGGUUUAUGGAGAAUGCACGAGUCGUUGGGAACCACCUUUUGUCGAGCCUUCGAGCCCUCGCUCGCAAGCAUCCAGUGAUUGGCGAUGUUCGAGGCAUGGGCUUGUUCCUCGGAGUCGAGCUCGUGCUCGACCGGCACACCCUCGAGCCUGCCACGGCGCUCACUUCCCGCGUCAUUGAUGCAAUCCAGCAAAAUGACAAGAUUUUGCUCGGCACAGACGGUCCCUUCAACAAUGUCGUCAAAAUCAAGCCGCCACUCUGCUUCACCGUGGCAGAUGCGGACAAGGUCAUCGCAGCAUUUGAUUCUGCACUCAAACAAGAGACGCAGAACGCGACAAUCCUUGCCAAAUUAUGACUUUCCUUCUUCCAAAAACAAAUAUUAUAAUCCAAAAAAAAAAUCAAUCAACUACCA